AUGGUGAUCUUGAUUCAUCACGACGUCACAUCUCCGCACAUCACAUGGCUGAACAUUCUGGCCGAAACCCAGGAGGAUGAGGCAUGCCAGAAGCUCAUCGAGGAUCUGCUGUCCUACGCGAUCUAUGCCGUAGCAAAGAAUGAGGCAGAUAUUCGAGACACCCUGCGAAACCGUAUCAAGGUACAAGCGUGGCCGCUGGAUGAGAAAGGGGCGGUGGAGGUGGACCUCUUGUGGCCAGGCGCUGGCUACAAUUCAGUGGCCUGUGCUGGGAGCUUCGAGGUUCUGGCAGUGCUUGAGAAGAAAGGCCUUUUCAAGCUCAAGGACAUCAUGGGAGCCUCCGGGGGCGCGACCAGCGCGCUGCUGGCCUUGGCGGAUCCACAGCAGAGUAGCCGGACAAUGCUCACCUUUUACAUGGUCUAUGCCAAGUGGGCUGCGGAAACGCCGCGAUCCACCAUGAGACAAAUUUGGCAAACCACUCCCCUCUGGCGAGAGAUUUAUCGACACGCCAUCCAAGAGGACGAAGCAUUUGAACGUGUGAAGAACCGUGGAUAUGUGGCACUGGCCUGUGGCAGAACUCUCUUUCAGUGGAACUGGGUACUUCACCACUUCUCGGAUCGGGAGCAAUGCAUACAGGCCUAUGAAGCCAGUGGUGAGGCAUCGCUGAGAGGUGCUUUGGCGGGCCGGGAGCUUCCGGGCUUGCAACGACUUGGCAAGUGCUGUGAUGGAGGUGGAAUACUUCCAUUCCCUGGCUUCUAUGGCUCAGCACCUCACUGUACGUUGGAGAGCAUUGAAGAUCUGUUUCGGAAGGGUGUGGAUGACACCAUCCGCAUGUUCUGCGAUUCCUACGACCUCUGUAAGUUCAAGACCUUGCAGUACGGAGGCACCAUGAUGAGCUACAGCAAAGACAUCUGCUGGGAAGGGAACAGCUCCAGCGGUUUGAGGGCCUCGGCUCGCUUUCUUCAUGUUGAGAAGGAUGAGGAGCAAGAUGAGGCGCACUUGGAAGGAGUGGAGUGCAUCACUCUGCGUCUUGAGGGCAAGCUGUUUGCAGAGGACGUGAUGCCUUGCUGCGAUGGGCGCGUGGAUUGCUUCAGGCGAAAUCAUCAUUCGUUGGCCGCCUACGCCUACGAUCCUGACGUCCUCAGUCUACCCUCGACCCAAUCUUUGGCCAGCUUUGUGUCCACGAACAUUGGCACCGCCGCGCCAUGGCGUAUUUCCACAGGACACAUCGCCCUGCAGAGUGUGUCGCUCACUGCCAAGCUUUGCCGUGUUUUCCGGGCCCAGCGGUGCCCAGUUCCACAGGUCAGCCAAUGGCUUCUGACACUGCUCUCCAAUGGCCUCACACCGUUCUGGCUACCCUACGCCCUUGUGACGUUGGAGCCUUGGCCGGAGGCCGAGGUGCACUUCGUGGUGUGUAUCGGAGCCAAAGGAGCCCUUGGAGCGAAGGAGCAGUUGGAGGCCGGUGGGGCGGCCGAAGAAGGCGAACCCGUGGCACGGCAGGUGGCAGGUGGCACGGCAGGCACGUGCUUUCCGAAGUAUGAGGCUCCGGCGCUGCCAUGUUCGGCGGCGGCCUCUUUGGCGGAGAGGGCCGGGGCCCAGGUGGCUUCUUCGGAGGUGGCGUCCCAGGUGGGCGUGUCCGAGCGGAGCCUCCGCCGAUUCGACCACCAGUAUCAAGUCUUCCCAGUGACCUUCAUGGGCAAAGAAGAGCUCGAGAAGGGAAAUAAGAUUAUUUUGCCGCAAUCUGCCUUGGACCACCUCGCCCGACUGAACAUUUCCUGGCCCAUGCUGUUUGAGAUGACGAAUCCUACCACUUCAAGAUCCACUCACGGUGGUGUCCAGGAAUUCAUCGCUGAAGAGGGAACGUGCUUCCUCCCUUACUGGAUGAUGCAAAACCUUCUCCUGCAGGAAGGUGACCUGGUCCGAAUCUGCAAUACUUCAUUGCCCAAAGGGAGCUUUGUGAAGCUUCAACCAGUGCAUUCUGACUUCUUGGACAUUCACAACCCCCGAGCAGUGCUGGAGAAUUCGUUGAGGAAUUUCGCCACUUUGACAGUGGGCGAUUGUAUUGUCAUCGAUUACAACCAACGGAAAUAUGAGAUCGAGAUUGUAGAGUGCAAGCCUGCCAAAGCCAUUUCCAUCAUCGAAGCGGACGUCAACGUGGAUUUCGCACCACCCAAGGACUACAAGGAGCCUGCUCCUCCAGCCGCCGCUGCGGUUGCCAGCACUCACCUCGACACCAAGGAGGAAGAGGCAGAUGCUGAGAUGGAGGAAGGGCCCAAGCUCUUCGGCGGCAGUGGCCAACGGGUCGACGGCAAGCCGAUCAAGACGCCUUUGGCCUCGCCGGCCUCAGGGCCUUCACCGUCACCACCAGACGAGGAGGUCUUGAUGCCGUGGAUCAAGAGAAUACCAAAAGGUGUGAAGUGGACCUCGCCACCGUAUGGCUAUGGCGCAGGUCACAUGACAGGCGCAAAGGGAUGA